AUGUGCGUCGCCCAUGCCCUCAAGGGAUGCUUCACCUACCUUUCCACCCACCUUACAUCCCCCAGAUACCAAGCACCCAGUGCCGGGGAAGAUUGUGAAGGUCGUGAAGAUGCACCUAACGACACAGCACAUCCUCUCCAAUGUCCGGCAAUCGACUUGCCAACCUUCGCGUCUUCUAUCAAGGAUGGAACACUCACUAGACCUGGCUUACGCAGAAAGCUUCGUCCGGUGUUCGCGAGCGAUGCAUACACCCCCGAAAGCGCGUCCUCGAGCUUGAAGGAGUUGCGGAAUGGAAAGCCCCAUCCAUCUGCUACGUCGACGUUGGACGGCUGGACGAAUGGGCUGGGUGCUACCGGAAGUAGCACUGAGCCAACCGAUGCCGCUCCGGGAAAUACAAGGGAAGUCUAUGUCCAUGAGAUCAUGCCCGCAGAUUCACUCGAAAGCGUUGCGCUCAAAUAUGGCAUCAAGGUUGCUGCUCUUCGCAAAGCAAAUAAAUUAUGGCCAACUGACAGCAUACACUUGCGAAAAGUCUUGUAUAUCCCGGUUGACUGGCAGAAAGCGAAGGACUCGAUCUUUGACGCAGAUGAGGCAUUUGCAGCACCAUCUUCAUCCAAAUUGUCUGGGGAACGAGCGAUUCGCGAGUUCGCCAGCUCAGCCACAAGACGCCACGUUCCCCUUUCAGAGCUUUCCUUUUUCCCGCCAGGUGCUCAUCAGUUGGCUUGCCCGGAGGAGAGGCCAGGUGUCUUCAGCAUGCUCAGGAAUGAGAUUGAGCGCCUCUCCUGGAUGUCAACUGACUCGCUUGCGCAUUAUUCUACCCCUCGAGCGUCAUUCUCAGAUGAUGGUGUAGGGACGUCCGCAAGUGCCCAGAGCGAAGUUGAGGUCGAACUUGAUGUUGCAAGAGAUACGUGGCGAAAAAGUGGGGUGCACGUUUGGCAACGUAAUGGGAGCCCAGAGCUACCAAAGGCACCAGCGUCGAAGAUCAGCUUUGAGGCACCGGUUCCCGGCGCCGGACCUCCUAUAGUAAAACGACAGCCGGGGGAAACGCCCCAAAUGUCAAUAUUUCGACCACCAGGACGAUGA